AUUCACUAGAAGGCACACGCAAAGUCUAUGACAGAUCAGGCCUGAUCAAGGCAUCCACAACUGCCGUUUCAUUUCUGGAAGAAUUGCUUAUGGGAACCAGCGAGUCGGAAUGCCAGCACUUAAUUAGCCCCCUGACGAGGGUGCAAAUUUCAGGUGAUCAAGCACUAUCUACCGUAAAUGUGAUUCAAGAGUGCCUUCAAUGGCUAGGCCGACGCGAGCAGUCCACGGGACAACGAAGAGCCCUCCUUGCCAAGUAUGGAGCUGCAACUCGAGAUCUGAGAGUGACAAUGUCCUCAUCCCCAUACUCACCUACCUUGGGAAUCGCUGCAUUUCUCUUUACAUUAUAUGAAAUGAUUGUCAAUAUUGAUUCAGAGGACCACACAUGGCAAAUUCACCUCGGAGGGCUUCUCAAUAUCUUAUCCCAGCUACCUUCAUAUCAAGGAGAUGAUCAAGUUCAAAGUGUACAGCUUGCAAUUGAGAUUGCUAAUUCUGAAGGUGACCCGUUUCAGGCACUUGCAAGCCACGACAUGGGAGAUAUCGCAAAAGCCUUUGUAAUCUUAGACAUCGCAAUGCUUCGUCUGCGUCAGGUGGCAGAGGAUCUCGAAAACUUGUGUCAAGAGGUGAAGACUCCGCGAAAAUUAGACGUGCAAAAGCUUCGAGCCUCUAUCAAACACAUCCAAAGGAACCUCAACUUGUUUCCAAAAAUCUGUCAGAGCCUGAAUUUUGACAUUGCCGAGAUGCAUAUUGAUGAUAUAUUGGGAAACCAUCUUCUAUUGGCACGGGUGAACGACUACCACUGUUUACAAAUAAUCACCUCCGACUUGCUUGUAGAGACCGGGAGAUAUGUCUAUUCAAAUGGAAGCUUUGAAAAGUCCAAGGAAUACUCAAUUCUCUAUGGCAUCAUUCACCAGGCAACACGAAGCAUACGUGCCGCAGUCCCUGGAGUCCUUCAUAGAACCGCCGCCCAAACCCAGGAUUAUGACAACAGACCAAUGAAGCCCUUGAUAAGUGGCUUACUGGUAGUUUGGCCGUUAUGCUGCUGCUACAAAGCAUCGGAAUUAUCUCUGUCACAGCAAGAUUGGAUUCGAGACACCCUGUGGUCGAUCGGAAGUGACGGAUUCAUCCCUAAGGCCUCGGCAUUGGCUCAGUCGCAAGGAGCAAAUGCCAAAUGGACGGAUGUUUUAGCAGGAUUGCUUCUCGUCCGCGUGGCCACUUCGGGCGAGCUCCGGUGUCUUGUCGGCUGUAGUGGGCCGCUGUAA